AUGUCGACUCAGGCCUCUCCGAAGCCUGUGAUCUUCUUAAAUCCAGACGACUUUGAGGUCGAGAGAAUUUUUCCCAUUAGAAAUCUCGUGGGCGACGCGGAGACUAACCAAAACCCACGGACGGAACGGGCGCGGGAACGGCAGCAGGAGGAGGAGGUGGUGCUAGGAGGUAUACCCGACAGUAGUGCUAGUUUUGGAGAGCUACCGACGACUAGAGUUGCGGAUCCUCAGGCUACUGGUGAACGAGAGACGAGCCAUGCCGACCGCGGAAAAUGCCAGGAUCUGGAAGAUGGGAUAUCCCCGCCGUACAUGCCCCCUCCGUGGCUCCCAGUACCGCCCGAGCAUGCGAUUCGAAGGCUGUCUCCCGAUCUUCGCGAUGCAGAUAUUCCAAGUUCGAGUGCUUGUAGUGAAGGCAGUCAAAGAAGGAGGACAGAAAGGACGCAGCUAGUCCCUGCGACAACGGGGCCACCAGGCGUCUUCCCAGGCGUCAUAUCAGAACCCUCCCAACAGAAAUUUUACCGAUGUGAAGACGAACCGAUCCAUAUACCGGGGGCCAUCCAACAGUACGGAGUUCUGCUUGCGUUAAGAUAUGCCGAAGAUGGAAGCCUCGAGGUGCGGAUCGCUAGCGAGAACUCGAGGCUUGUCCUUCAGCAUAGCCCAGAACAGCUGUUUGCGUUAAAGUCCUUCCUCGAUAUCCUCGACCCCGAAAGUCGUGAAGACAUGGUUGCGCGGAUCGAUCAUGCUCUUUCGGAGGUUGCAGUCGCCAAAGGGAACGAAGACACCCACUUGGACAUCUUCUCUGUGCAUGUACUCAUGCCAGACGGGACGCCAAAGGAACUGUGGUGCGCCCUCCACAUCUCCAAAGGAACCACUGAUCUAGUCAUACUGGAGUUUGAGGAGUACCAUGAUGUCUUCUGCCUCGCGGAUCAGUACUCAGAGAAGAACCUACCCACGGAGCCUACCCAGACGGUCGACAUCGAUUUCCUCCCGGAAGAGAGGUUGAAGAGCACAAGAAGCGAAAGUGUGCCGUUGAGGGUGUUGAAGAUCGCACGGCAGAAGAAGCACUCGGGCGUUUCCUCGAUGAGCUUGUUCAAUGCUAUGAUUCAGGCGCAGCAACAGCUGACGGAAACCAAGUCUGUCCAGCAGGCUCUGGAUAUUGUGGUCGGGAUCAUAUCUGAGCUUACAGGCUUCCACCGUGUCAUGUUUUACCGCUUCGACACACAGAAGAACGGAUGUGUGGAAGCUGAGCUCGUCAACCCUAAAGCUAGUCUGGAUCUUUAUCGAGGCCUUCACUUUCCCGCGUCCGAUAUCCCGGAGCAAGCUCGUGCGCUCUAUAAGAUCAAUAGGAUCCGUAUUCUGUAUGACCGAGAUGCAGAGACAGCCCGACUGAUCUGCCGUGACAAAGCUGCCUUUGCCACUCCGCUCGAUCUAAGUCACUCAUAUCUACGAGCAAUGUCACCCAUACAUCUGAAAUAUUUGGCCAACAUGCGAGUUCGAAGUUCGAUGUCAGUAUCUAUAGUCAUCAACGACGAUCUUUGGGGCUUGGUAGCAUGCCACGGCUACGGUGACCUCGGAAUCAAGAUCCCCCUUCCAAUCCGCGAGCUCUGUCGCAAUAUUGGCGAAUGCGCGGCCACCAACAUCCAGCGUCUUCUCCUCAUGCAGCGAAUCGAGGCAAGAAGACCACCGGAGCGAGCACCACCCACACAACAUCCGGCUGGGUUCAUUGCGGCUUCUACGACGGAUCUAUUGCGAGUUUUCGAUGCUGAUUUUGGUCUGCUCAGUAUACACGAUGAAGCUCGGACCAUUGGCAAGCUGGACCCGUAUAGAGAGGCAUUGGCUAUACUUGCGUACUUACAGCGUCGUCGGCUCAAACAUGUUACCGCUUCACAGAAUAUCAAUGCGGACUUUCCCGAUAUCAAGUUUUCCCCAGGUAUUCACGUUAUAUCUGGGUGUCUGGUGAUUCCCCUCAACGUCUGGGGCAAUGACUUUCUGGUGUUUUUCAGGAAGGGUCAACUAAAGGAGAUUCGAUGGGCAGGAAACCCGUACGAGAAAAUCAAGAGGUCUGGAACCGAGUAUCUAGAACCUCGGAUGAGCUUCAAACGCUGGACUGAAACAGUUGCUGGGCUGUCGAAAGGCUGGACCGACGACCAGACGGAGACGGCUGCCGUCUUGAGCUUGCUCUACGGCAGAUUCAUUGAGAUUUGGCGACAGAAGGAUGCAGCGGGCCAGAACAACCGCAUGACCAGACUGCUGAUACGAAACUCCUCGCACGAAGUUCGGACGCCGCUGAAUGCGAUUGUCAACUACAUAGAGAUGGCUUUGGAGAAUCCCGUCGACGAGGCGACCAGGGAUAUCCUGAGCAAGGCUCACAAAGCCUCCAGGUCUCUGAUAUAUGUUAUCGACGAUCUACUGAAUCUCACGAAAGCGGAAGAUGGACCGAUAAACUCUCCAGAUGAUUUUUUUGACCUUGGUGUAACCGUUUCAGACGUGAUCACUCAAUUCCGCAAGGAAGCCAUGAGAAAGAACCUAACCUUGACGGUCUCGACGCAUCAGGGCAUACCUGACAUGGUGAAAGGGGAUGCAUCUCGGCUUCGCCAAGUUCUAUCAAACGUGGUCAGCAACGCCUUCCAGCAUUCCGUCGAAGGUGGCAUUAAAGUCGACAUCCGCCCAAUCAGGACCAAGGAGUCUAGCUCAGUGAUUGGUAUAACUGUACAAGAUGCCGGCAUUGGCAUGAGUGAAGAGCAACUAGACGAAUUAUUCCAGGAAUUUGAGCAGGUCAUCGACGAAGAUAACCUCUCCGGCGCAACCACGCCUUCCAACGUCCCCGAAGACCAGUCUCUCGGGGUUGGUCUCGCGGUCGUCGCUCGGUAUGUCAAGAACAUGAAGGGCCAAAUCCGAGUGCAGAGCGAACUAGGUAAAGGCACAAUAUUUGGUAUCGAGCUACCAUUCGACCACGCAGUAGUGGAGCCUGGGGAGCCCCCACAGACAUCUCCAUUCUUUGACCCCAAAGCCACGACCACGCUCAGAUCAAUGUCAGACACGCGCACUGCGCCUAUCCUCGUACCAUCCGAGGAGCAAUUGCAGGAGACUACGCCGGCCGCAAUGCAGAACCAUGUUCUAUCACCGUCACCAGGAGAAGAGGGAUCAAAUGUGGCAUCGCCUGGAAGCCAGAUGGAUGGAUUGUCUUCCAUUCCUUUAAGUGCUGCCAGAUCUAAUUUCCCGUUCCCGGAUAUGGCUGCGCAGAGUGAGCGCCCGCGAGGAAUCCUGUCAGUGCUCAUUGCGGAGGAUAACCCGAUCAAUGCUCGGCUUCUAACCCGGAGACUCGCGAAGCUGGGUCAUCUUGUGGAGCAUGUGAAUGAUGGACAAGAAUGCCACGACCAUUUUGCGCUGAACUCGGGGAAGGUGGAUGUUAUUCUGAUGGAUAUCCAAAUGCCUCUCGUCGAUGGCAUGGUAUCGACCAAGAUGAUUCGCCAAUAUGAGAAAGAACUCGCGGAGUUGCGGUCCCUUGGUCCUAGGACACCGAUCAUUGCUGUCUCGGCUUCUCUGUCGGAAGAGAGACGCUCUGAUUACAUUGAGAGCGGGUAUGUCUCCGUCUCCUCUCCUCCUUUGUGA